AUGUUCAACAAAAGAUCUUUGACAACAGAAGAUGUCCAGGCCGUUGCUCCUGCAAAACGAUUCAGGUCCGAGAUGGUCGACAUAUUUUUAAACAAUGAGCUCAGUUCUGAGCGAAGCGCUCGAGUACUGCGGUCAGCACAGCAAGCCGGGGCACUGCAUGUGGAAGACUUACAGGUCCGCCCAGAGACUCGCAACACCCAUCGGGAUCUUUUGCGCAAAUGUUUCAGAAACACGAAAUGGCCUUCGUUAUAUCAUGCAAAAGUUCGUGGCUGGAAUCAGGCGAAGAAUACGUCUGAAGAGUAUUCCUUGGCAAUUUUGCUGCCUCACGAAUCCUUGCACUCACUGCUCAAAGUGAACACGCCAGAGGCCUUGCUUCAGCAGCAAGCCGAGAUCCUGCCUGACAGGCCUGACCUGGAGAACCACUUGCAUUUUUUGGAGGGUGAGUUGGGCUUGGAUUUUGAAUCCACUCUCCUCAUGGGCAUGUGGUGCGAUGGUGUGCCUUUCAACAGCGACCGAUCCAUGACUUUGGAGACUAUUUCUUUGAACAUCUUUGGCCAGCAGAAUCUUCGCCUGCCUGUUGCGGCCUUUCCAAAAGAAUUUGUAUCCAAAUCGCAAACUUUUGAGGAUGUAUUCGAAAUCAUCCAGUGGUCCUUUAAGCAGCUGGCGACGGGGAGCAUGCCAAGCUGCCGACACGAUGGCACGCCCUUCAAUCGAACCGAUAGUUAUCGACAACGUUUGGCAGGCAAAAAGCUUCCACUGCGAGCUGCUCUGGCUGAAUUUCGAGCUGAUUGGAGCUGUUACAAGGACGUUUUGAGCUUCCCUUCCUGGAGUUCGAAGGGGUAUCCUGUCAUUUCCAGCAUGGACUUCUUCAUGCGCCAGAGGCAGCAGAAUCAAUUGGUGUCGAGAUUAUUUUCUUGCCCAGGAUUCAAUACGGCUUGCCGCAAGAUGGACUUUUUACACGCUUGCGACCUCGGAGUAACAUCCGACUGGCUUGGGUCUUUGCUGUUUUACAUACAGAGUGAGAAGAUCCGAGGCCUGAGCAAACUCAUCCGAUGUGCCAAGCUGUACCAAGACAUCAAGGCAUACUACGACAGAAAUGGGGUCCAAGAUCGAUUGCCGAAGCUCCUUCCCACCAUGCUUCGUGAAGAGGAUCGAGGCAAGAUCAAAUCUCCCAAGUUGAGAGCCAAAGCGGGGGAAGCUCGAGCACUCGUCGGUGCUGCCAUGGAAAUGGCUAGAAAGUAUUUGUCGCCAGCAAAACCUGCUGAACAGGCGAUGUUGCAUGGCACAGAAGCUUUGCAGUCCAUAUAUGCCUGUCUCAGCACUGCAGCUUGGGACAAGGAAGUCUUCAGAGUUUCUUCUCAGAAGUUUCUUUUACUCUGGGGCAGCCUCGAGACUUACUUCGAAGUGGACAAGCUCUUCAGGGUUAAACCUAAAGCCCAUCAGCUGUUUGAAUUGGCCAGGGGCGAGGUGAACCCUAGCAAGACCUGGACCUACAGGGAUGAGAGCUAUGGGCAUACCCUAGCAUUGCUGGGCAAACGGCGUGGUGGCAAGUUUUCGAUGUAUGCUGUUUCUUGUCAAGUUCUCAGACGAUUCCUGGCAGCUAAUAAAGUUCCUCGACUCGAGAUCGGCACGUGA